CUUUCUUUACAAUACUACACACACUCGCGUGCUCGAAAAAUCUCACUGGUUUUUCUUCUCUCGCGCGGUCCCAACAAACCCUAGAUCGGAUCAUGUCUGGAGUGUACGGUCAAGACGGCGGCGGCGGCGGCGGUGGUUCUGCGCCACCGUCUUACGGGGCUAGCGGUGGAUACGGUUCUGCCGGUGGUUACGGUGCCGGUGCUGGUGGAGGAGGUAGUUAUGGAGGCGGAGGCUAUGCAGGAGGAGGCAGCGCUGGGGCUGGUUAUGGUGGUAAUGAUAGCGGUGGUGGUUACGGAGCAAAAGGUAGCGGAAACGGUGGCGGCGGUGGAUAUGGCGGUAGCGACGGUGGAGGUUAUGGCGGAAGGAGCGGAUAUGGUGGAAACGAUGGCGGAGGCUAUGGAGGAAGAGGCGGCGGUGGUCGCGGAGGUGGAGGUUACGGAGGUGGAUAUGGUGGUCGAGGUGGUGGUGGCGGAGGUGGAUUUCAAGGUGGAGAUCGCGGUGGCCGCGGUGGCGGUCGCGGUGGCCGCGGUGGUGGUGGUAGAGACGGAGAUUGGCGGUGCCCUAACCAAAGUUGUGGGAACUUGAACUUUGCGAGAAGGGUUGAAUGUAACAAAUGUGGUACUCCUUGUCCUAAUAGUGGUAAUGAUCGUGGUGGCAGCGGUGGUGGUGGUGGUGGUUAUAAUAGAGGAGGAAGCAGUGGGGGGUAUGGCAAUAAUCGAGGAGGUAGAUCUGGGAAUUAUGAUGGCGGGAGAGGUAAUGACUAUAACGGUGGAGGGGGUAGAUCUGGGAGCUAUGAUGGCGGCAGAGGUAAUGACUAUAGUAGUGGAAGGGGUGGUAAUAAUGAAGGUAGAGGUGGUUCAUUUAGAGGUAAUCAAGCUAGGGAAGAUGGUGGCUAUGGUCAAGUUCCUCCUCCUAAUGCCCAAUCUUACGGCGGUGCUAGUGGAAACUACCCAUCCACAUACAAUUCUUAUGGUGGCAAUGCAAAUUAUGGAACAGAAGCAGUUCCCCCACCUGCAAGUUAUACUGGUGGACCUAAUUCAUAUCCCCCAUCAUACGGGGGUAACGUGGCUGGUUAUGGUGGAGAUAAUCAAGGGGAUGGACGAAGUGGUGGUAGGACUGGGCCUGCAGCUGGAUAUGACAAUAGCUAUGGUGCUGGUAAUCGAGGUGGAUUUGGUGGACCUCCUGCUGAGCCCCCUGCUGCAGUGAAGCAGUGUGAUGAGAAUUGUGAUGAUACAUGUGACAACUCUAGAAUCUACAUUUCAAACCUCCCGCCAGAUGUGACAAUUGAAGAAUUGAGGGAACUUUUUGGAGGAAUUGGACAAGUUGGAAGAAUAAAGCAAAAGAGGGGCUAUAAAGAUCAAUGGCCUUGGAACAUAAAGAUUUACACAGAUGAGAAUGGAAACAACAAGGGUGAUGCUUGCCUUGCUUAUGAAGAUCCCUCUGCAGCACAUUCUGCUGGCGGUUUUUACAAUAAUUAUGAUUUGAGGGGUUUCAAAAUCAGUGUUGCAAUGGCAGAAAAAUCUGCCCCAAGGGCGCCUGCAUAUAACCAAGGGGGCAAUAGGGGUGGCUAUGGUGGAGAUAGACGCAGAGACAAUUAUAGAGAUGGAGGUGGUUCUGGACCUGAUAGGCGUGAUCAUUAUGGGAAUCGUUCACGUCCGUACUGAGUGCUUGGACAUUGAACGUUUUAUGUACUAUGAUUUGUGGGCUGAGGGAUUUAUUAUUUCAGUUGGCUGGUUUCUUGAACAGGAAGCAAAGAGGUAGGCUGUUCACUCACUCUGAGCAAGACCUCUUCAGCACCUUUUUGUUUCAUUUGUCUAGCUGGUGGGUUUUGACUUUUAGUCAGGGAUUAAUUUAAUCAUGUGAAUGUUUUUAUAGAGGCAAGUGGAUAGUCUCCAAAUUGCUUGCUGCUAAGGUAGGUUGAUUAUUUCAGGUGAGUGCUGCUUUCAUGAAAAUAUGCCUAAUACUUGCUUGGUGAUUAAACCAUGUGUCAUUAUGUGGGUAAGUGCUUGCAUUCCCAGCUCAUCCCAUGUAGCAUUUGGUACAAGCAGGUGAUGGCAUUAAUUAAUAGAAUGUUUUAUGUUAGUCAUAGUUCCACAAAUCAAUAAGUUUUAGUUACAAUGUGUAUCAAGGGAGAUCUGUUUUUUCCUGGAAAGUAGUGAUUCUGGCUGCUUAUUGCAUUAAAUUAAAGCCUUUAUAAUGGAUCAGUUAUAACUUAUGCUAUCAUGGUCUUAGAAAUUGAGGCAGUGCACAAAUACUAAUGUGUAUUUCAUGAAUCAUUGAUUUUUCAAGUUUGGAAAUCCACUGUAGUUUGAGUCAAAACUUAGAACUAUAGCAUAUGGCAACAAGAAUGGCAUAAGUUAGCUUCGUAAUCAAAGUUUCCAUAUUUUGAUGAAAAUGCCAUGGUUUUAUGUAGCAAAGCUUGUACAUUUUCAGGGAACGAGCUGAAAAAGGGGAAAAUUCGCAGUAUUCUAAUAUAUAUAGAUUUACGUGAUAAAAUAGUUCUAAAUUGAAUAAUAUAGUUUAUAUAGUAAAAUAAUGUCUACGAAGCUUCAAUCAAGUUCCAUUUCAUUGUAUAUCAGAUAAAUAACAUACAUUAGGCAAGCUUGUAGAUUUGAAAACUAUUUUGUCUGAAGUAGGUAAAUCAAAAGCCAUUCUUGUAUAGUUUAAAACCUGUUUUGCCCAAGGUCAUAUUACUAUUUAUAUGUUUCUUUCGCUCUUCUAUUAAGUCAAUAACUCCAAUUUUUAAAGAUUUCAAAGUACAUUAUUGUUGGUUCUGCGCACUAGGUUUUUGAUCCACUUGCAAUUGUAGAUGAAGUAGUAGUUAGGUUAAGGUUCCUAUUAACUCUGUUAUACGCUGUGUAUUUUUGGCAAGCUGGCUAUUGGAGUUCGUACUUUGCAGUAGCAUUCCCCAGCUUUCUAUUCUCCGCAAUGCAAGUUUUUAUGUUUCAUGAUAGAUGAGUACAGUUGCGCUGCUAGUUUGUUUGAUGGUUCGUACAUCUAGUCCCCGGGGCUUUAGCACAUUUGGUGUAAUUUGCGGGCAGAAUGCUCUUCUUCGGCUUAUAUAUUGUUGUCAAAUAUCGUAGCUUCUUCCCCAUGCUCGCUCAUUUAGCUCCUUAUCAAGAGAUGGUUUCAGAGGGCAUUUAAUACAUGUGUACUUCAAACACCUGUUCAGAUUGUUAUAUGCAGCCUGUUUAGGAUUUCUCUUAAUCUCUGAUAGUUCCUUACAGGUUUAGUCUUUGAAAUUUGUCAGUUGCGUUUAUGAAUGCUAAGCCCUUGUUUAUCCUUGUUUCAUUGGAUGAGCCUAGAUUUUCACCAGCUGUUUAAAUUCCGUAAUGUCUUUCCGUAUUCUUCGUAGUUCGUGUUUUCUGUUUGUUGAAACUUAUUUCUUCACGGGUGUUGUAAUAUUCACUUUACCAAUUUCAAUUUGGCAUGGAUAUGAUACAAAAUGACCUGGUAUCCGUAUCUAAGCCGAGGAUCAAAACGUAUUGAUCUAUAAUUUCUUACAAAUUCAAAGGGGUUGAGCUUGGGUUGAUUAAUUGUCGAAUCAGAGGUUGAUGGUCCGACUGUAUUUCACUGAAAUUUUAUUUCAUUUGUAAAUAAAUUUGAAAAAUAAUGGAUGAACGUAUCUUUGUAUUUAUUGAACUCUAAAUUGAUAUUUUUGUUUCACGAAAGAAUGUAUAGAACGUUGUAAAUUAAAAGCAUGUGUUACACUACUUUGUUUGCACUAGAGUUGUUUUGCUAAUUAGAUUGGCCAUGUGAAGUGGGAUUUGAUUACUAGCUAAUAUUUUAAUAUGAUUAUUAUUUGAACAUUUGUAAGUGUACCGUUUAGGCCAUUUUGAUAUAACUGCGAUUGUAUAAAAUACUCGAUGCAACUAUCAGUCUUGUACUAAACGCCCUAAUCUUACGAAAACAAGGAUAGCUUAGGGGUUAACAUUCUCUGAUACUAUUAUAAAUAAUCCUUCUACGCCUCACUAAAGAAGUUAUUUAAGAAUCUGUUGACACUUUCUUCAAAACUUUAAAUAGUUGUAUAAUGAAAUGCAUAACUUAUAUUCUACUCAUCGUUUUCUUAACUUGCUGUGAAAAUUCAUUGCUAGUUUCAUUUUUGCGUUGUAUAAUGGGUGAUUUUAUCAUUUUUUUAAGGGGAGGAAAUUUAACGUCUAUUCGCAAGCAUUUAAUUCCUUUUGUUUUGGUAUGCAUCUUUUAUGCCAAUAAAAAAGAUGGGAAUAAAAAUAACAAAUAAAAUCUUAUUCCUAAUAGAGAUCCUCUUGUUUUUUCUUUUUUUUCAGAAUUUU